GAGGAGUGGGGUAACACCAGGGAGCGGGGACACCGGGCAGGUGAGAGGGAAGAGGAAGCGCUGCGGUCUGUGUAGUAAGGUCUUCAUCCCUCAAAGAAAUGGAUGUGCUGUUAUAUCUGGCUGGCUUGCUGGUCCUCUUUCUACUGUGGAUAAAAGCCAAGGGCUUCGAGCAUGUCAUCGUCCACCACAGAUGGAUCUUCGUGUGCCUCUUCCUGCUUCCUCUGUCUGUUGUCUUUGAUCUGUAUUAUUAUGUCCGAACCUGGCUGGUGUUUAAGAUGUGCAGUGCCCCGAAGCUCCAUGACCGGCGGGUUAAGGAGAUUCAAGAACAGGUACGUCAGUGGAAAACCGAUGGAGCGAAGAAGUUCAUGUGUACUGGGAGGCCGGGUUGGCUCACGGUAUCACUGCGGGUUGGGAAGUACAAGAGCACACAUAAGAAUAUCAUGAUCAACCUUAUGGAUAUCUUAGAGGUGGACACCAAGAGGCAGGUUGUUCGGGUGGAACCAUUGGUGAACAUGGGUCAGGUGACUGCCCUGCUUAAUUCUAUUGGCUGGACCCUUCCUGUAUUGCCAGAACUUGAUGACUUAACUGUUGGUGGUCUUAUUAUGGGAACAGGAAUUGAGUCUUCAUCACAUAACUAUGGGCUCUUCCAACAUAUCUGCUUGGCCUACGAGCUUGUCUUAGCCGAUGGAAGCCUUGUCCGUUGUACACCAACUGAGAACUCGGAUCUCUUCUAUGCCGUGCCGUGGUCUUGUGGGACUUUGGGAUUCUUGGUGGCUGCUGAAAUAAAAAUUGUCCCAGCCAAAAAGUAUGUGAAGCUGCAUUAUACACCAGUGAGGGGCCUGGAGAAGAUCUGUGAGAAGUUUUCCAGGGAGUCGCAAAAGAAAGAGAAUCAUUUUGUAGAAGGUUUGGUCUACUCUGUAGAUGCGGCAGUAAUAAUGACUGGUGUCCUGACCGACGAAGCCGAGCCAAGCCAGGUGAAUAGUAUUGGCAAUUAUUGGAAACCCUGGUUCUUCCGCCAUGUGGAAUCUUUCCUGAAGAGUAACCAAAGUGGAACAGAGUACAUCCCCCUAAGGCAUUACUAUCACAGGCACACACGGAGCAUUUUCUGGGAGCUGCAGGACAUUAUUCCAUUUGGCAAUCACCCAGUGUUCCGUUACCUGUUUGGCUGGAUGGUUCCACCAAAAAUCUCCUUGUUAAAGCUUACACAGGGAGAAACCAUCCGGAAGUUGUAUGAGCAGCAUCACGUGGUGCAGGACAUGCUCGUUCCAAUGAAAUGUCUGCAGAAGUCCAUCGAGGCCUUCCAAAAGGAGAUCAAGGUGUACCCACUUUGGCUUUGCCCCUUCAUCCUACCCAGUCAUCCUGGCAUGGUACAUCCCAAGGGCAAUGAAGCAGAGCUGUAUGUAGACAUUGGAGCAUAUGGGGAGCCAACGACGAAACACUUUGAUGCCAAAGCCUCUAUGCGGCACUUAGAGAAGUUUGUCAGAGACGUCCAUGGCUUUCAGAUGCUCUAUGCAGACUGUUACAUGACCCGUGAGGAAUUCUGGGACAUGUUCGAUGGAUCACUGUACCAGAAACUGCGGGAGAAACUAAACAGCAAGAACGCAUUCCCAGAGGUCUACGACAAGAUUUGCAAAGCUGCUCGUCACUGAGACAAUCUUUUUUUCUACCAACGUGUCAUGUGAUUGUAAAAUCGGACUACUUAUGUCUCCCUGUUGAUCUGCAGAGAACUUGUGAAAGACCUGAAGACAUUUACUGUAGCUGUCAGCUGUGUUCACAUU